AUGAAACGCAUCUUCGGAACAGGAAAGAAAGAACCACCUCCGGAUUUGAAUAAUGCAAUUGCUAACGUAGAGUCCAGAAGCGAAAGUAUUGACAAAAAAAUUCAAAAGCUUGAUGCUGAUUUAUUGAAAAUGAAAGAACAAAUGUCGAAAAUGCGCGAAGGGCCUAGCAAAAAUUUAAUCAAGCAGAAAGCGUUAAGAAUUCUCAAGCAAAAAAGGAUGUACGAGAACCAAAAAGGUCAGUUGGAUCAACAGACAUUUAAUAUGGAUCAAACCAACUUUGCUAUCCAAGGAAUGAAGGAUAAUCAGGUAACCGUUGCCGCAAUGAAAGAUGGAUUGAAAACCAUGCAGCGAGAAUACAAGAAAAUGAAUAUUGAUAAGAUAGAAAAUCUGCAAGAUGAAAUGGAAGAUAUGUUAGAUUUGAACAAUGAGAUUCAAGAAGCAAUGAGCAGACAGUAUGAUACUCCCGACAUUGACGAGGCUGAUUUAGAAGCUGAACUUGCUGCUCUUGGAGAUGAGUUAGAUCUUGGGGAAACGGACACAAAUUAUCUGGACGAGGCACUUGCAGCACCUGGCGUGCCGAAUGAUUUCCAGAAACCAAAAGCUAAGGUUGCCGAAGGACUCGAAGUUGAUGAAUUUGGUCUUCCAAAGCUUCCAGCUUAA